AUGGUCGAUCAAAGUGCUUAUAUUGAAGCAGGGCCCGAGGUUGGCGAAAGCAGGAAGUUGAAACAAGGCGAUGGGAUCGAGGAGCAAUGGCCGACAGGGCCUAUGGAAUCUUGGGACCCUAAGAAAGUCCAACACCUCAUCGCCCGCUCGCCUCCCCACCGACCCUCCCCCUUCCCCUCCUACCUCUCCUCCUCCUUCCCCUCCUCCCUCUCCUCCUCGCUCUCCUCCCACCUCGCCCUCCUCCUCUCCUCGCUCUCCCGCUACGCGCAUGCGCUGGACGCGUGGUGGGGAACGGUAGCCGAGGAGACGUUUAAUCUCUCUGAGGAGUUUAAGUACGUCGGCUGGCCGGGCAACUAUGGCAAGGCGGCGGGAGGGGUUGCGGGGGGAAGCCCAGUGGGCGCAACGGGGGCGUCUGCGGGGGAUGGGGGAGCGGGCGGAGGCGCAGGGAUGGGGGUGGGAGCGGGAGUGGAGGGGGGGGUAGCGGGGGUGAAUGUGUGGCGGCGGGUGAAGAAGUAUCGACACUUCGUGGCUUUCAUGGCUGUGGUGGCAGCAGUCAACGGCCUCUUCUCUCUGCUCCUCAUCGACUCGCUCCUCUCGGGUGCCUGCAUCCCCCUCUUCCACGACUGCCAUGCGCACCCUCUCAGCCGUGCUGCUGCUACGCUUGUAACCUAUGACCUGUCCAAUAUUAACCACACUCGCCACGCAGCAUCUCUUCGCUCCCUCCACCAACCUCACUCCACCGGUGUCCACCACUCUGCACACAGCAGCAGCAGCAGACAAAGUCUCUUGCAACAGCAGCAACAAGACGAGCUUCAGUCCGAGGGGGGGUAUCAGGAGGGGCAGGGAGGAGAAGAAGAGAACCAAGAAGAUGGAUCCGACAUGCCCAUGCACCACGAUAGGAAUAAGGAUGGGAAUGAUGGGAUUGGUGGGAGUGAUGGGAGUCAAGAUAAUGAUGAUGAGAGCAGUGGGAGUAAAGAUGGAAGGGCCAGGGAUGACACCCAUUCAUCCGCAGGUCUCUCAGCCUCUGCAGCCUCUGCUGCCUUCUUCCUCUCUAGACUCGCCCGAUCGCCAGGCGUUCACGUCACCCCGUAUCCUGACGUGCCAGGAGCGUACAUCCUGCAAACACCAUCCACAACCCCCACACCCACACCCUCAUCCUCCUCCUCCUCUUCCUCGUCUUCCUCCGCUCAUCUUCAAGAUGCUAUCACCGACCCGUCACUUGAUCCCACCACCACCACCACCACCUCCACCGCCACCAGCACCGUUCCCCACCCCGCUCCGCGCUGCGCCCUGCUCCUGCGGGACGUGUGCUACGUGCACAUGCAGGGCGCCAGUCGCCUGCACCGCAGCAGCGCGGGCGUGUGGUUCGACCGGGAGGCGCUAGAGAGCGCUCUGGCAGGGGACCUGGGCGGGCAGGCCAUCCACGCUGCCUCUGACCUGUCUAAGAUCAACCUGGGGCUCGUGCAGCAGUGUGCUGCUGGGGAAGGUGGCGGUGCAGGUGGGGGGGACUUGAGUGCGAGUGGUACUGGGAGGGGGACUGGUGGGGAUGGGAGCAGCAGCAGCAGCAGCAGCAGCAGCAGCAGUGAGGUUGCUGACGUUGAUUCCAUUGCUGAAGCGCUCUAUGAGAAGAUGGGGGGGUUUCUGAGUGCGGAUGAAAUGGCAUUCUAUGCCGCCUCUAGUGCCUCCCAUGGAAAGCAAAUCUUCCGUUCAUCUGCUCUCUCUCCGCCGCCCGCUCUCCCCUUGGCUGUUGUCCUGCCUUCGGCCGGGCGGCAGAGUGAAUUUUCUGACCUGGCAGAUGUGCUGCAUGACGUGGCACUCCACCUGCCGACCAUUUCCAAGCCCAGCUUCCGCCACCAACGUCCUUACCAGAUGGCUGAUUCAAUCAGAAUAAAGGGCCUGCAAGACAGUGGGUCGAGCUCAGUUGAAUCUGCUUCCACUUCUGCUGGUACUGCUGGUGCUGAUGCUGAUGCUGCUGCUGCUGCUGCUGCUGGUACCACCGCUAGUGCUCCUGAAGAUACUGAGUCUUCAACAGGCCCCCAUCUUUUCCUCCCCUCCAGAGCCCGCCCUCCUAACCUUUGGGUGGGCGGCGCAACUCGCCUGCUUCUCGGGCCUCAAGCCCUCGCCCUGCCGGGCAGGCGCGUCGGGCAGGUGAAAUGUUUCCAGAACGCCGUUUUCAUCCCGGGCAGGGAGCAAAAAACGAGGAGCCUCUGGGCUGUGGAGGCAAUAAGGGAGAGAGCAUGGCAGAUGGUGGAUGAUGUAGAAUCACUGGUGUCUAAAAGUUUAUGGGGGGGUAGGAAGCUUGGAGCGGCCAGGACCCUGCAGGCCCAGGCACAGAUAGAACUGAACAGGGACCUGAAGCGAUUAAAGACGUUCUUUAAGGAGAUGAGGAAACGCACAGGAAGGUUCCACCAUGUGACUGUGCUGGCGAGUGACGGGCAAGGGGGGAGGAUAAAGGAAGGGGAGGGGAAGACAAGGGGGGAUGGGGAGGGAGAAAGGGAUGCGGACGGGGAUGGGAACGGGGAGGGGGAUGAAGGGGAGAGGGAUGCGGGGAUGGCAAAUGCAGAGGGGGUGGCAGAGCUGGUGCGAGCCAUGAUGCCCAAGCUCACUGUUGAUGUUGUGAUGCUGUCCAAUCGCUCCUUCAUCGAGCAAGUCGCCAUCAUGAAGCGCACGGCUCUACUAAUCGCCAUGCACGGCCCAUCCCUCGCCAACACCCUCUUCCUCCCUCCCAACGCCACGCUCCUCGAGCUCUUCCCCCCGCACCUCCACUCCCCACAGCACUCCUCCCUCGCCGCCGCAUCCCAUGUCCACUACUACAGCUGGCAGAACGCACACCCUCUCAACACCACAUACACCUCCGACUGCAUGGCACGGGGGCAGUAUGCGCUGCUGCCUGCGGCCCUGUGUGCGGGGAAACCGGAGUGCCUGGCGUGUGUGAGAGACCGGUCGAUGACGGCGGUGCACCUAGGGGAGCUGCGGGGCGUGCUGAGGAAGAUUCAGCAGCCGCUGCGGGCUUUCUUCCUGGCUGCCCAGCACAGGCACAGGCGGAGAGGAAUUAUGUAUGGAUCUAGGUAG